AUGGAUCAGUCAACCACAUCAAAUACAACUCCAAAAGAGAGUUCAAUUGGAAGAGGGACAACCGAUUCUCACACACCACCAACACAACAAUUGAUUCGAGAAGGAAGAGAUCUUUCACAGGGUUUUCGUCGUCCUCAUCGAACAACCAGCACGAAUACGACAGGAAGUAAAGGAAGUAAAAGGAGUGCUUUUGUUGGAAGUCGACAAACGAGUGAAGAUAGUAGAACAUUACGAUUUACUGUAAAUGGUGAAGAGCGACAGAAAAGUGGACAAAGUAGUGGAAAGAAUACUUGGAUGAGGCGAUUAUCCGUGGCUCCCGGGCUGGCUUUUAGAGAGUCAGGUCUAAGUCGAAUACGAGUGACCGGUCAUCUCGAUUAUCAGGAUCUUCGUAAACGCUUUGAGCGUCAAUCAACUUUCCAUGGCAUCAGUCACGCCUCUUUGGCUCCCAGUGAUCGAUGGCGUUAUUUUUGGUAUGCGGCUUUCACGAUCUGUUUUAUAUUUCUCGUCGUGCAAGUCAUCUAUCUCAUUUUGAAAUAUCGGGAAUACAAGAAAACUGUGGAUCUUGAUCUCAAAUUUGAACACGCACCAUUUCCAUCGGUUACUUUAUGCAAUUUGAAUCCCUAUCGGAAAAGUUCGAUUAUGCAAAAUGCGGAAACGAAGAAAUUGAUGGAAACUUUCUCGAAACUCGUUAAUAAAGGGGAAAAAACGGAAGGAGUUGCCGCCAUAUUUCAUGCUAAUUUACAAAGUCGAGUAAAACGCGGAAAGCGACGAGUGAAUAAAGCACAAAAUCGUCGAUAUCAUCAAGUUUUUGCUCAAUGUUUAUGUGAUGUUGAUGCAAUAACGGGAGAAAGGAAAGGAGGAUGUAUGGCCGCACAACAAGGCAAAAUAUCUUUCGGAUUCGAAGCUAUGCAAUUCAAUCUUCAUCCAGCUAAAUGUUUAUGUCAAUUGGAUACUGUUUCGAAAUCAUUAUGGCCUUGUUUCCCAUAUUCAUCAUGGAAAGAAAAGCUUUGCAUUGAAUGUGUGCCUAGCUCGGGACAUUGUCCAAUGAGAUUCUAUAAAGGAAAAGAGAAAUACGAAGAUAUUCAAUCAAAAGUCGAUAUUUGUCUUUGUCACAAAGAUUACAAUCAUUGCAUUCAAAAUAAUGAGGGAAAUGUGAUUCCGGAGAUCGGUCCUGAAGAAGAAAUUGCAACACUCAAUAUGACUGCACAAACACAGAAAGCUUUGGAUAAAGUUGGAUUGCGUACAACGACCACAACAACAACUGAGGCACCGGAAGUUGUCGAAGCAUUGGGAUAUACAGAAACAGACGAGAUCGCAAUCACUUCUCAAGCUCAACAAAAUAUGCGUUUCGCAGUGGCUAGCAUGAAUGACGAACAAAAGACAUCGAUGUCACAAAAUAAAGAAGAUUUUAUUAAAAGAUGCUCAUUUAAUCUCAGAGAUUGUCAAAUUGAUGCUGAUUUUCAACAACACUAUGAUCAAACGUAUGGAAAUUGUUUCACUUUUAAUUUCAAUAGAACAAAGAAAUUGAAGGCACAUCGAGCUGGAGCAAAUUAUGGUUUAAAAGUGAUUCUUUAUGCGGAUAUUGCUGAAUAUUUGCCUACAACAGAGGCUGUCGGUUUUCGGAUAACUGUUCAUGAUAAAUGGAUUGUCCCUUUUCCUGAUGCUUUUGGUUACAAUGCUCCAACUGGGUUUCUUUCAGCUUUUGGAGUGAGAAUGAAAAAAUUCAAACGACUUGGUGAUCCGUAUGGAGAUUGCCGAUCAUUGGAAGAGGGAAAUAAAAGACAAAAAGACGAAGAAUUCUUUCUUUAUAAGAAUUUCAAUUACUCUGUUGAGGCUUGUCAUCGCUCAUGCACUCAACAAGAAAUCAUUGAGAAAUGUGGAUGUGCUGAUCCGUCGUAUCCCUUACCGAAAGGACAAGAGAAUUGCAAGGCAGUUGAUCCAAAAGCUCGAGAAUGUAUCCAGAAUACGACAAUCGAUAUUGGAAAUAAAAUCGCGGACAAUUCUUGGGAUGAAUGCAUUUGUCAUCAACCAUGCGAAGAAACGAAUUAUGAAGUGACAUAUUCAGCGGCAAGAUGGCCAUCUGGAUCAGCAAAUGUUAUGGAAUGUGCAUCUGGAGAUUAUCUAUGUUUGGAAAAAUAUAAGAAGAAUGCGGCUAUGAUUCAAGUUUUUUAUGAGGAAUUGAACUAUGAAACGAUGGAAGAAUCACCACAGUAUACGUUGACAAGUGCUUUGGCUGAUUUGGGUGGUUUAACUGGUCUCUGGAUUGGUGCUUCUGUUGUGAGUCUAUUGGAAAUCGUCUCACUGAUCAUAUUUUGCUUCCAAGCUUGGAAUCAGAAACGAAAAGAUGCGAAUACUUCAAAUCCCUCAUCCCUUACGACUCCAGUUCACAAAACGAGCACAAGACUAUCAGUGAAUUCUUCAAACAAAACCCGUUCAAAACAAUCCUUAUUGUUAUUGGAAGAUGCUCCACCAAUCGUCGAAGUGACACCCCGUUCAUCAACAAGUUCUCUUUCACAACAAUCUCGACCAGCUUCACGAAAAAGUAAAAGCAGUAUUCGAUAUAUUCCACCGGAUGAAGAAUUACCUUGUCUAUGUAAAUUUAAUGAUAUGGGAUUCAUUGUUCAUAUGAAAGCGAUGUGUCCUGUGCAUGGAUAUAUGGUAAGAAGAGGUUAUGAUAAUAUGACAAGUGAAGAAGAAGAAGCUGAAGAAGAAUAUGAAGAAGAACAUGAU